UUUAUAUAUAAAAUAAAUAAUGUCAAGAGUGAAGUAAUCAUUAUGUAAGAAUAAUAAAUAUAAUGAUUAGAUGCAUAGCCAUCUCCAAGUACAGGAAGAAUUUAAAAGAUUUCUGAGAAAUUAUCAACAAUAUAGAUAGGAGUAGAGAAUGAGAGAUUUUAGAGAUUGGAAUAAGCUGAAUAACGUAUUUAAUAGGCUGAGGAUGCAUUUAAUGAAUUUUAAGAAUAGAUUUUUACAAAGCUUAAUGGAUUAAGAGAUUAAGUAAAUAAUAGAUAAGAUAGGUUAACAGUUAGGUAAAUUAUAGAAGUAGGUGGAAGAUGAUAGAUAGGCAAAAGAAUAAGCAAUAGAUGCAAAGAAUAGAGAUGUAUAGGCAUUGACAAAGAAGUUUGAGAAUGCAAUAGAGAAUGAAUAAUAAGGAAAGAAGGAAGGAGAAGCAAAGAUACUUAGAUUGACAGAAGAUAAAUCAGCAUUAUUAAGGACAGAAGUAUAGAAGGAGACAGCAUAAAGAGUAGAUGCAAUUGAAGGAAUUCAUUAAGGAUUGUAAAAUGAUUUACCAAAGAUUUAAGAAGCUAUUAGAGAAGAAGCUAAUGAAAGAGAUGAAUCAGAUUAAAAUGUAUUAAUUAUUAAAUAAAUAAUAUAGGUAAUGAAAUCAAUCACAGAUGAAUUAGUUAAAUUAAGUAAUUUAAUUAAUGUUGAGAAGAGGAAUAGAGAUGAAAGUGAAUAAUCAAUAUUUGAGAUGUUAAAAGAUAUUGUAAAUAGGGUGAAGGUUGAAUUAGAUUAAGAAAAGAGAAGUAGAGAAUAAUCAGAAGAACAUCUACUUAGUUUAUUGGAAGAUACAUGUAAUAAAUUAAGUAUUGCAGCAAAUUUAUGAAGA